AUUCGCAUGAUCAUACCAGAUGCAUUUCAGACCAGUGCGCAAGCAGUAUAUUUACCAGCAAAAUACGGAGUUGGUCGUUGUUUUCUCCGCGCUUCUUUUCGACCUGAUUGCCCAUGAAUAACUUCAUUACUGUAGGUACUGUGGCACCAGCUGAUGGUCCAGCUAAGGCCGCCGCAGUGAAUUGGACUGCUAUCAUCGAACCUGUGAGUGACCAGCGAUACGCCGGUUCACCCAACGUGACGGACUCCCUUUCAGCCGGCAGAACUGUAUCGGGGACGGCGGGCAGCGCUUUCUCUGGACAUCGUGGUGGUCGGUUGCGGCUUAGGGGGUCUCGCUGCCGCAUUUUGCCUCGCAAUGGCAGGCCAUAAAGUCACCAUCUUAGAAAGCGCAGCGAUAAUCGGCGAAAUCGGCGCCGGAAUUCAAGUUAGUCCCAACUUAAGUCGCCAGUUGAUUCGUUGGGGUCUCGCAAAGCGACUAGAAGAAGUCGCCGUCAAACCAGAGUCACUGACCCUCCGGCGUUGGUGCACCGGAGAGACAUUAGCCUGGACACGGUGGGGUGACUCGAUGGAAAAGAACUACGGGGCACCGUACUACCACAUACACAGAGCUGACUUUCAUCGUAUGAUGUACGACCUUGCAGAACCAUAUGUGAAGAUCCGAACGAAUUGCCGGGUGGUCGCCAUGGACCCAUCCAUACCCACUUUGACGCUAAGAUCCGGUGAAGUUGUCCAUGCGGACUUGGUAAUCGGUGCAGACGGUUUGAAGAGCAUAACUCGCCAGUAUGUCGUUGGAGCACCGGACGAACCAACACCCACGGGUGAUGCAGCUUACCGCGCUGUAAUACCAACCGAAGAACUCCUUGCAGACCCAGAUUUAAGGAGCCUCGUUGAAACUCCAGAAAUGGUUGGAUGGUUAGGCCCACAACGCCACAUCAUGGCAUACAACAUUCGAGCCAAAAAGGAGUACAACCUUGUCAUGUGUCAUCCCGACCGAGACCAGGAAGAGCCCUGGAAACCAGAGGAAAGCGCCGCUAGGAUGAAAGCGGAGUUUGUAGGGUGGGAGCCACGCAUCCAGAAACUGCUUUCACUCAUCCCUUCGACGCUCAAAUGGAAAUUGAUGGACCGCGCGCCGUUAGAAACGUGGGUGCACAAGGACGGCAGACUCGCUCUUCUUGGAGACUCAUGCCAUCCCAUGCUUCCUUACCGUGCACAAGGGUCAGCUAUGGCUAUCGAGGACGCAGCGGUCCUUGGGAACCUUUUCUCCCGCUUGUCUUCCCAUGCUCAGAUCGCGCCCCUCCUGCAUGCCUACGAAUCAAUCCGUUAUGAGCGGGCAACUAACACACAGGCAUCCUCCUGCCUAAAUCAAGUCAUUUUCCAUCUUCCCGAUGGACCGGAACAAGAAAAGCGUGACAAACAGAUGCAUGCAGCUAUGGAGGACGCGCUGAGAGAAGUCCGUGGUGAAACGUCCGUUGACAGCACCGAUAUGGGCACUAAGGGCAAUGCCAACCAAUGGGCUGACAAGGAGAAGAGUGCCAUCCAGUUUGGGUACGAUGCCGAUGAGGAAGCUGAGAAGUGGUGGCGCGAACACGGCAAGAGCGAAAUUGCUCCGUUUGGGUUACCCUCAAAGUUGUGAUGUGGUGCUUGUCAAAUCUGGAGUUUCCAUCGUUUUUUAAGAGCUGGUAGUCAGCGACUAGUAGUAAAUGCAGGUGGUGUCUUGUUAUGUAAAGUGGUAUUAGGAAGUGUCUUUUUGUGGCUUGUGGUGGCUGUCAACAAUAAAGUCAGUUAAGUCCCCC